UGGAGAGACGCUCAUCCAUUUCCAUGGCAACAACCUGAGGUGCCUCCAAAACGGCAGUGACGUCAGUAGUGGGCGCCUGGAAGCGGAAGUAUCUGCUGGGGGCUGCUUUGUAGUGUAAGCCAUAGUAAUUGGCACAAUCUGUGUUUACAUUAUGGCUGCAGAUUGGCUAGGAAGCAUUGUAUCCAUUAAUUGUGGAGACACCCUAGGAGUGUAUCAAGGCCGUGUGUCUGCUGUUGAUCAGCUCAAUCAGACAAUAUCUCUCACGCAGCCAUUCCACAAUGGUGUCAAGUGCCUGGUUCCAGAGGUUACUUUCAGGGCAGGGGACAUUGUCGAGUUGAAGAUUUUGGAGAUACCUAUGGACAGUCAAAUAAGAAAUAAUAGGAUUCCUCACCACCCAACGGGAAUGACUACAAACUACCUACCGGCUAGUCAUCAAAAUGGUGGCACAGGGAAGCAAAGGUCAGCAGAGACCAGCAAUGCACAGAACAUCCCUCAGAGAUCAGAAGUGAGGGGUCAUGAUCCUGUGUGCACCUCUCCGCAGCCAUGUUCGAAAAGUUAUGUGGACAGGCAUACAGAAGGCCUCAACCAGCCCAAGAAUUUUCGCCGCAGACACAACUCCUCCCCUUCCAAAUGCCAUGGACACUCUAUGGGAAGGAACCAGGACAUUAAUUCAGCAGGGUCUUCAAGCAGCCGAUUUCCAAAUCAGGUCACCCCUAAGAAGAGUGGCCCUAAGAAUGGGCAACUUAAGGUUCGUGAUGACGAGUGCUUUGGAGAGGACUUGGAGGAGAUUCCGGACACAGAUUUUGACUUUGAGGGGAACCUUGCUCUAUUUGACAAAGCAGCUGUUUUCGAAGAGAUAGACACCCACGAGAGGAGAGGAGCUGGAGGAGCACGGUCACGGGGAACUCCUAGUGAAAGACCUCCAACAUACAGACAUGAUGAGAACAUACUUGAGUCAGAGCCAAUUGUAUAUAGGAGGAUUAUAGUACCACAACCAGGUGGAAAGGAGUACUGCACAGAUUCCGGUCUGGUGGUUCCCAGUAUCUCCUAUGGCUUGCAUAAGAAGCUGUUGAGCGUGGCAGAGAAACAUGGCCUAUCUGUGGAGAAACGUCUGGAGAUGUCAGGGGUUUGUGCCAGUCAGAUGGCACUCACAUUGCUAGGUGGACCAAACAGGCUAAAUCCUAAAAAUGUGCAUCAGCGACCCACUGUGGCCCUUCUGUGUGGACCCCACAUCAAAGGGGCUCAGGGUAUAAGCUGUGGCCGCCACCUGGCCAAUCAUGAUGUAGAUAUUAUCCUUUUCCUACCCAAUUUUGUUAAGAUGUUGGAGUCUGUUACCAAUGAGCUAAAUUUGUUCUGCCGGACUGAGGGCAAACAGGUGUCAAAUGUUAAAGAACUGCCGGAUUGCCCUGUAGACUUGGUGAUUAAUUGUCUGGACUGCCAUGAAAAUGCCUUCUUGUGUGACCAACCCUGGUACAGAGCAGCUGUGGACUGGGCUAACCAGAACCGAGCCCCGGUACUAAGCAUUGACCCUCCUGUCACUGACCAGAGUCAGGGUAUUCAUGCCAAGUGGUCUCUGGAGCUGGGCCUCCCACUACCACUUGGUGAGCAGGCCGGACGGGUGUAUCUGUGUGACAUUGGCAUUCCCCAAAAAGUGUUCAGGGAGGUGGGCAUCAACUAUCAUUCACCAUUUGGUUGCAAGUUUGUUAUCCCUUUACAUUCCAUGUAGGAAUGGUAUAACGAAUCGGCCUGUGCCAGCUUCACAAACACAUUUCAAUUUGCUGCCUUACUGACGUGGGCACAAACCUGCCAUCCUUUUCUUUCUUAAACCCAGUGAAAAAAGCAGUGUGUGCAGGACAGAACAUUCCUGGCAGCAGACAUGAUUAAACAUGCCAGUGGCUUUCUGGGAAACGAGGUUAUUAUUUUAUUUGAGUUUUUUUUGUCAUUUCUUCCUGCACCAGCCAAAUCAAACAAUAUAAAGAACAUACUUCGGGCAGAUAAAAGGGAAUUCAUUUUUUUUAUUUAUUUUUUUUGGUUUUGUGUUUUUGUUCUUUUUAAUUACCAUGUUAACAUGUUCUUGUUUUCACAUUGCUUGAAAGAAAAAAAUAGUUGUUACUGUGUAGCUUUACCAGCUGUCAACUGUCACCUGAGUGAUGCGCUAUUUACCAAAUGAAGCACUUUUGUGUUGUGUGUAUCCAUACUUUGAUUUAUUGUUUUUGAGGAGUGGUAAAAUAGUCAGUCAAUAUCUGUAAUUUAUUUAUGGAGCUUGCAUGUGAGUUGUUCAACAUGAAACAUUCCUGUAGUGGCAGCUAAAUAGUUCACCUAGCACUUAGAUACACAUGGGGUUGAUGGAUCAAGUAGUGAAAAGAGUGAAGUUGCCCACAGCAACCUAUCAGCAUAUACCUAAGAUUUUAUAGAAUGUCCUUCUUUGAAUCUGGUUGGUUACUAUGGGCAACUUCUCAACUCUUUGCUUGCUACAUUAAUCUCACAGGUGGUUAUACUUUAUGUACAUGAGCAGUAGUGAGAGAUUCUAAGUGAUAUGGCCAUAAUAAGCAAGUAAAAAGGACAAUCUAUAUUCCAUAUAUUUACGCCGGCGCUGUACUCACCACUCUUCUAUCUUCUGCCUCUGUGGGUAGCGGCCGUGCUGCGGAAGUGAGCGGUCGCCUCGUGGGCUUGCGAUCAUCACCCUCAGGAGCAUUAAGUUGGUUCCUACUCCCCCCUUUCUAAGUCCCACGAAGCAGGGAGGCUGUUGCCAGCAGUCUCCCUGUAAAACAACAGAGUCUAAAAAAACAAAACAAAAAACAGCAACCCACUAAGAAAACUCCUAGGAGCUCCCCUAGCUGUGACCGGCUCCUUCGGGCACAUUUUCUAGACUGAGUCUGGUAGGAUGGGCAUAGAGGGAGGAGUCAGCUCACAUUAUUAAACUCUUAAAGUGCCAGUGGCUCCUAGUGGACCCAUCUAUACCCCAUGGUACUAUAAUGGACCUCCGCAUCCUCUACGGACUACGAGAAGUAUUUACCGGUAGGUAUAUAAAAUCUUAUUUUCAUAAUACAAGCCACUUUAGAAUAGAAUGGACUGUAAUGACACACAGCUAUAUAAAGCCAUGUGUUGUGAUGCAUUAUUUUAGCAUUUAUCUAAUCUAUUGGUAGCUCAGUUAAAUGUAUCUAAUUUCAGAAUUGCCUUUGAUUGUUAUUUGUUUAUGGAUCAGUAAGUUCCUGUUUUAUGUUUCACAUCACAUGCCACUCAGUACAAUGGCAAUUACAUAAAUGUAUAUUAAUGUAC